UUCAGCCCACUGCUCUCUCUCUCUCACCUUUUUUUCAGUGCGGAAGUAAACCAACCAUGUGCUGAGAUCCACAGUCUUUAAACCCUUUAAAGCCAAACCACUUUCCUCCCCGGUACCCCUCUUCUAGAAUGAUAGCCUCCCGCUAGCAUCUCUCUCUCUUCUCCCUUCUCUCUUCUCUCUUCUCUCUCCUCUCUCCAUGGAUCAAUACUCCAGCAACACCAGCACCAUCCCGUCCUCCUCCUCUACAUCUCCUCAUCUACCUCUCUUCCUCGAAUCCCUCCCCUUCCUCUCCCCCUCCUCUCUCCUCCCCUUCGAUCCCUCCCACCCCCUUCUCCCUCCUCCCCCUGCCUCACCCGCCCCUACUCGCACCUCCAAGAAACGCUCCCGCGCCUCCCGCCGCGCCCCAACCACAGUCCUCACCACCGACACAUCCAACUUCCGCGCCAUGGUUCAAGAGUUCACCGGCAUCCCCUCUCCUCCUUUCUCCUCCACCUCCUCCUCCUCCUCCUCCUCCCUCCUCUCUCUCCCCACCCGCUCCCAUCACCACUUCUCCCCUCCUUUUCUCAUCCGCCCCUUUUCCCACAAGCACCAAACAACCACCACACCAGACACCCUUCCUAUUCCUCCCGUACUGUCCUCAACCUCAAACACCUUUCUUCAAUCUCUCAUCAACACACAGCCUGUCUUCGCCGCAAAGCCUCCUCAUCCUUCACCACCAGCCUUCGCCAUGGCUGGACGUGAGGAGCUCCAACAGUCUCACCAGGGAACUACUUUGUUUGAUUCCUGGAUUUGUUCUUCAGAUUACAAAUAGGAUCAGUGACAGAGAUCGCAUAUGAAGAUACAUAUUCGCGCGAUGGUAUAGAGGGGACGAUGAGGAAAAGUCGAUCGGUUUGUGGUACUGAUAGCUUUCAACUCUGUGCUUGAAAAAGAAGCGUGUAUCACUUUUCUCUUGCUCCCCUCUUUUUCUUAUCUAUGUAAAUAUAUGCUGGUUUCUUGUUUUAUCCAUGUUCUGCUCUGUGAAUUUAUGCGAAUAAUCGUAGAAAAGUUUAUGAGAAUUCCAUAUGCCUGCCCUUCCUGGUUUA